UCACUAUCAUGAAAUGUCAAAUGAACAAAAUCAUAAUAUUUAGAAAAAACAUUCCUAAGCAUUUUUUAAUUUAUACAAUCUUUAAAAUGUUAAUUUUAAGUGUAAUAGUCACUAGUUUAGUUCUUGCGGCUGCUGAAGAAGACACGAGCGCGCAAUACUGUGAUAAAACAACAAAAUCGUGUGGAAACGACGAAGAAACUACUUACGGCAAAAAACACAUUUUCUACGAUGUAAAUCCUCCUGAAGGCUUCAAUUUACGGAGGGACGUGUAUAUGAGGUUCGCUAUAAUGCUAGCUGAGGCACAGAAACAAGGUAAAGACAACUGGGAGUUAGUUUUACCGCCUUGGUAUAACCUGUAUCACUGGCGGUCGGGUCGGCGCGAACCGCAGCCAUGGAACAAAUAUUUCGAUAUUAAAUCGCUAAAAUCAUACUCUCCCGUCGUUGAAAUGCACGAAAUAUUCUCCAAAACCAAGAAAAAGCAGUUAGAAAUCGAUGUUUUAUUUAUGCUAGAGAAUUAUGAGGAUCCGUUUGAAAACGGAGUUUUUGACGAAAAAUGGGAGAUCAAGGGGGAUUGUGAAUACGAUGGUUUAUACUGGGGGUAUAACAAUAUAACAGCGAAAGAGGUUUUAUGUGUCAAAUUCCAAGGAAAAAUAUCACAACUAUGGGAGUUGAUUGCUUUGCAUCCGCAUGCAAAAAAAAUUAUGUUUACUCAUGGAGAAAUCCCUUUACACGAUACCUAUGGCACUAAAUCCUACUGGGACUGCCGCAAAAGCAUGAAAUUCAACAAAAAUCUCAUCCAUAUAGCCAAAGAGUACAUCGCAGAAUAUUUAAAGUGUAAAACGGAGCAAUGCGCUACGUACCUCAGCGUCCACUGGCGAAGACAGGACUUUGCACGUAGCAGAGGCAACCAGGUACCGUCUAUAGCUGGUACCGCAAAACAGAUACGUAAAGCAUUAAAGAAAUUACCGAAUAUAAAUAAAGUAUUCAUAGCAACUGAUGCGUCAAUGUCUGAAAUAAAUAAGUUAGAAAAGUCUUUAAAUGAUUACGGUUACGAAACACACUUUUUCUUACCGAGUCCGUCUAUUAUUGAGGAGUACGGAGAUGGUGGUAUAGCUAUAAUAGACCAAAUAAUUUCCUCGCAUGCUGCAUACUUCAUCGGUACCCAUGAAAGUACAUUUACGUACAGAAUUCAAGAGGAACGGGAGAUUUUGGGUUUCGAAAGCAGCACUACGUUUAACAGACUAUGUCCUGAUACCGGACGUUGUGAGAAAUCUACGAAAUGGUUGAUUGUAAAUUAAAAAAAUAUAAAGAUAGUACAUUGACUUCCUCUCAUAGUAUUGUUAAGCUAAAGUGAACCUUGACUGUCAAGUUUUAUAGACUAAUUUUGCUUUGAAUGAACAAUUAGAAUUUGUUUGUAAAGGAAGUACCUAUGAUAACAAUAAAAUAUGUGAAAUGUUAAGCUAAAGUCAACUUUAACCGUCAAGUAAUAGACUCUAUAUUUGCUUAUAGUAACAAUAUUAUAAAAAUAUUAUGUAUGUAACUCUGAGAACUGAAAACCAGUAUAAAAGCUAAAAUGAACUUUAAAAGCUAGUACUUAAAAUUCAAUUUUGUUUGAAUCUGUUAUAAUAAGGCAUAAUAAAACCUUUUUAUAAUAAUUGAAUGUAGCUAUUAAGGACAAAAUGAAUGGAUAAGCUAAAAUGAACUUUAAGUGUAAUGGUGUAAUGUUUAUUUUUGUUUGAAAUCUUACUGUAAUGUAAAUUUUCAUACAAAAAUAUUUUAAAAGGACAAAGUAAAAUGAACUUUAAAUCUGUAAUGUUUAGAUAUAAUUUCGUUUGUAGUAUCAUUUAUGACUUAUCUAUUAGUAAGUUAUACUGUGAAACUGUGCCAUAAUAACAAAACCAAAGGAAUUAAUUAAUAAUUUAUUUUUAAUAAAUAUUUUUUUUUAGUAUAAACUGUAUUUUUAUUAUAUUGAUCCUACGUUAAUAAAGUCAAAGUCAAAAUUAUUUAUUUCAAAUAGACCAGGGGGCCUACUCUAAUUCAACGAACGAACGAAAAAACUUCGCAGAUUGCAUACUACAAUUCUAUUUAUUGCGAACUUUCGUGAACAAAAAUUAACGAAUGAAAUGAAGAUAAAUAAAUA